AUGUCGUUCUUUAUUAUGUCUCUACUUGCUCCGCACUCCAACUGUUUUCCUAGUAGUUUCUUGAAGCCACUUUGUCUACAUAUAAGUGUGAAGUCCCACCUGCUUUUGUGCCUUGGAACUCCAUUCCUAGUUUUUUCCUGCAAACAAAACCUUAAGAAAAAAGCAGUGCAAAUGGAUGGAAAAGAAGGAGAUGAUGAAUUCUCAGAGAUCACCCUAAGGCCGUUGGAUCUGUCGGACAUCGAUGAUGUCAUGGUGUGGGCCACAGAUGACAAAGUGAGUCUUUUUUGCACUUGGGACACCUACACUUGCAGAGAACAAGCCAUGGACUAUGUCAACAACAUUGCCAUUCCUCACCCAUGGUUAAGAGCAAUAUGCCUAGAAAACCGGGCAAUUGGGUCUAUUUCGGUGACACCCAAAUCCGGCAAUGACAGAUGCCGAGUUGAACUAGGCUAUGCUAUAGCCUCCAACUACUGGGGCAGAGGAAUUGUCACGCGAGCAGUGAAAAUGGUGGCUUCCAUUAUAUUUAGUGAGUGGCCACAUCUGGAGAGACUCGAAGCACUAGUUGAUCUGGACAACCUGGGCUCACAAAAGGUGCUAGAGAAAGCUGGGUUCCACAGGGAAGGUGUUUUAAGGAAGUAUAUUACAAUGAAGGGGAGAACUAGAGACAUGGUCAUCUUCAGUCUUCUCUCUACCGAUCCUCGCCUCCAUUAAUAGAAUUACUUUCUUUAUUAUAGUAUUAAUUCUCAGUUAUAGUCUUUUGACAGUACUUUGUAUGAUGCUAUGAACUAUGAACAUGGCGUUCAAACUGCAACCUGUUUGCCUAUGGUUCACAUUUGUGUGUGUGUGUGUGUGUGUGUGUGUGUUUGCAUUCGAGUUUGUAAGGACAUUUUAUAAGUGAAAUAAGAAUUUCUCAUUGUAAUUCAUUGACA